UCCCGUGGGUAAGGAAACCACCCUGAGUGGUUUUGUUAGGACUUUUCUGCCAUCUGCUGGACAGUUUCAUACACAACGUACUAAUCUGCACUAUGAGACGGGGUGGGAGGGGCCCUUGUACAGUGCCCACCCUGCCCAACUGUAUGUGGCAGCCGUGUUUCCCCCUCUGCUUGGAGAGUCUGUUCCUUGGGGACUUUGCUGGGGGCCACACGCUCCAGUGGGCCUUUACUAGGUUCCUGGGGACUCUGCUGGAGCAAGCCAGUGAUCUGCUGCCCCUUUGCUUUGAUCCCCUACAGGUGCUACGGUAUUUUGACUACGUUUUUACAGGCGUCUUUACCUUUGAGAUGGUGAUCAAGAUGAUCGACCUGGGGCUCGUCCUGCACCAGGGUGCCUACUUCCGCGACCUCUGGAACAUUCUCGACUUCAUAGUGGUCAGUGGGGCCCUGGUGGCCUUUGCCUUCACUGGCAACAGCAAAGGAAAGGACAUCAACACAAUUAAGUCCCUCCGAGUCCUCCGGGUGCUACGACCUCUUAAAACCAUCAAGCGGUUGCCAAAGCUCAAGGCCGUGUUCGACUGCGUGGUGAACUCGCUCAAGAACGUCUUCAACAUCCUCAUUGUCUACAUGCUGUUCAUGUUCAUCUUCGCCGUGGUGGCCGUGCAGCUGUUCAAGGGGAAGUUCUUCCACUGCACCGACGAAUCCAAGGAGUUUGAGAAAGACUGUCGCGGCAAGUACCUCCUGUACGAGAAGAACGAGGUGAAGGCCCGGGACAGACAGUGGAAGAAGUACGAGUUCCAUUAUGACAACGUGCUCUGGGCUCUGUUGACUCUCUUCACCGUGUCCACGGGAGAAGGCUGGCCACAGGUCCUCAAGCACUCCGUGGACGCCACCUUUGAGAACCAGGGCCCCAGCCCCGGUUACCGCAUGGAGAUGUCCAUCUUCUACGUCGUCUACUUCGUGGUGUUCCCCUUCUUCUUCGUCAAUAUCUUCGUGGCCUUGAUCAUCAUCACCUUCCAGGAGCAGGGGGACAAGAUGAUGGAGGAAUACAGCCUGGAGAAAAAUGAGAGGGCCUGCAUCGACUUCGCCAUCAGUGCCAAACCGCUGACCCGACACAUGCCCCAGAACAAGCAAAGCUUCCAGUAUCGCAUGUGGCAGUUCGUGGUGUCCCCGCCUUUCGAGUACACCAUCAUGGCCAUGAUCGCCCUCAACACCAUCGUGCUCAUGAUGAAGUUCUACGGGGCCUCGGUUGCUUAUGAAAACGCUUUGAGGGUAUUCAACAUCGUCUUCACCUCCCUCUUCUCUCUGGAAUGUCUGCUGAAAGUCAUGGCUUUCGGGAUUCUGAAUUAUUUUCGUGAUGCCUGGAACAUCUUCGACUUUGUGACUGUUCUGGGCAGCAUCACCGACAUCCUCGUGACUGAGUUUGGGAAUAACUUCAUCAACUUGAGUUUCCUCCGCCUCUUCCGAGCUGCCCGGCUCAUCAAACUCCUCCGACAGGGUUACACCAUCCGAAUUCUUCUCUGGACCUUUGUGCAGUCCUUCAAGGCCUUGCCUUAUGUCUGUCUGCUGAUCGCCAUGCUUUUCUUUAUCUACGCCAUCAUCGGGAUGCAGGUGUUUGGCAACAUCGGCAUCGACGUGGAGGAUGAGGACAGUGAUGAGGAUGAGUUCCAAAUCACUGAGCACAAUAACUUUCGGACCUUCUUCCAGGCCCUCAUGCUUCUCUUCAGGAGUGCCACUGGGGAGGCUUGGCACAACAUCAUGCUUUCCUGCCUCAGUGGGAAGCCGUGUGAUAAGAACUCUGGCAUCCUGACUCCCGAGUGUGGCAAUGAAUUUGCUUACUUCUACUUUGUUUCCUUCAUCUUCCUGUGCUCGUUUCUGAUGCUGAACCUCUUUGUCGCUGUCAUCAUGGACAACUUUGAGUACCUCACCCGAGAUUCCUCCAUCCUGGGCCCCCACCACCUGGAUGAGUACGUGCGUGUCUGGGCCGAGUACGACCCCGCAGCGUGCGGUCGGAUUCAUUAUAAGGAUAUGUACAGUUUAUUGCGCGUGAUAUCUCCCCCUCUCGGCUUAGGCAAGAAAUGUCCUCAUAGGGUUGCUUGCAAGAGGCUCCUUCGCAUGGAUCUGCCCGUGGCCGAUGACAACACCGUCCACUUCAAUUCCACCCUCAUGGCCCUGAUCCGCACAGCCUUGGACAUCAAGAUCGCCAAGGGCGGGGCCGACAAGCAGCAAAUGGACGCUGAGCUGAGGAAGGAGAUGAUGGCCAUCUGGCCCAACCUGUCCCAGAAGACGCUGGACCUGCUGGUCACCCCUCACAAGUCCACAGACCUGACCGUAGGAAAGAUCUACGCGGCCAUGAUGAUUAUGGAAUACUACCGGCAGAGCAAGGCCAAGAAGCUGCAGGCCCUGCGUGAGGAGCAGAAUCGGACACCACUCAUGUUCCAGCGCAUGGAGCCCCCGUCCCCAACCCAGGAGGGGGGCCCUGGCCAGAACGCCCUCCCGUCCUCCCAGCUGGACCCAGGAGGAGGCCUGUUGGCUCACGAAAGCGGCAUGAAGGAGAGCCCGUCCUGGGUGACCCAGCGGGCCCAGGAGAUGUUCCAGAAGACCGGAACGUGGAGCCCAGAGCGGGGGCCUCCCACCGACAUGCCCAACAGCCAGCCCAACUCCCAGUCUGUGGAGAUGCGAGAGAUGGGCAGAGACGGCUACUCAGACAGCGAGCACUAUGUCCCCAUGGAAGGCCAGGCCCGGGCGGCCUCCAUGCCCCGCCUCCCCGCGGAGAACCAGACCAUCUCAGACACCAGCCCCAUGAAGCGCUCAGCCUCCGUGCUGGGCCCCAAGGCCCGGCGCCUGGACGAUUACUCCCUGGAGAGGGUGCCGCCUGAAGACACCCAGCACCACCACCAGCGGCGCCGAGACCGCGGCCACCGAGCCUCUGAGCGCUCCCUGGGCCGCUACACGGACGUGGACACAGGCUUGGGGACCGACCUGAGCAUGACCACCCAGUCCGGGGACCUGCCGUCUAAGGAGCGGGACCAGGAGCGGGGCCGGCCCAAGGACCGGAAGCAUCGGCAGCACCAUCACCACCACCACCACCACCACCCCCCACCCUCGGACAAGGAACGCUACGCCCAGGAGCGGCCUGACCAUGGCCGGGCCCGGGCCCGGGACCAGCGCUGGUCCCGCUCGCCCAGCGAGGGCCGUGAACACAUGGCACACCGGCAGGGCAGUAGUUCCGUAAGUGGAAGCCCAGCCCCCUCAACAUCUGGUACCAGCACUCCGCGGCGGGGACGCCGCCAGCUCCCCCAGACCCCCUCCACCCCCCGGCCACACGUGUCCUAUUCCCCCGUGAUCCGUAAGGCCGGCGGCUCGGGUCCCCCGCAGCAGCAGCAGCAACAGCAGCCGGCGGCGCGGCCGGGCCGGGCGGCCCCCAGCGGCCCGCGGAGGUACCCGGGCCCCGGGGCCGAGCCUCUGGCCGGGGAGCGGCCGCCCGCGGGGGGCCACGGCAGCAGCCGCUCGCCCGCGAUGGAGCGGCGGGGCCCGGGCCCGGCCCGGAGCGAGUCCCCCAGGGCGUGUCGCCACGGCGGGGCGCGGUGGCCGGCGUCCGAGGGGCCCCCCGGGCCCCGGCACCACGGCUACUACCGGGGCUCCGACUACGACGAGGCCGACGGCCCGGGCGGCGGAGGAGGGGAGGAGCCCCGGGCCGCGGCUUACGACGCGCCACCCCCCGCGCGACGCGCGUGCUCGCCCAGGACUCCCCGGGCCCCGGGCCCGGCGUGCGCCUCGCCUUCCCGGCACGGCCGGCGACUCCCCAACGGCUACUACCUGGCGCACGGACCGGCCAGGCCGCGCGGGCCGGGCCCCCGGAGAGGCCUGCACGAAGCCUACAGCGAGACCGACGACGACGACUGGUGCUAAGCCCGGGCGAGGUGGCCCCCGCGCCCGCCCGGCCCCCCCACGCACCCCACGCACACGCCCCGCGGGGAGGAGCCGCGCACGGGCCGCGGGCCCACCUCGCUGCCGCCUGCCCAGAGCACACGGGGGGGGGGGGG